AAAAAAUUGAAGUGGACAAGCAUACAGUUUUAUUUUUUUCACUUGAUCCUUGAGCUAUUAUUUUCUUAAAGUGAAAGCUCUUUUUUGUUUCUUUUGUUCUUCGUUACACUGUUUAUUUUUUAUAUUAUUCACCUUGCACCUCGCUAGUUCUCUCUCUCUCUUUUUUAUUACUCUUUACCUUGCCUUGUGUUUACUUUUCCACCCACGUUUUUAUUUCAUUUAUUUUUUUUGGCUAGAGGUGUAUAUUUUUCUUUAGUCACUCAAUAGUUUGAAACAUAAAAGAAGAGAUAAAAAACAAACAAACGACCCAUGUCUUCGAGCACACUUGAUUUCUACUGGGGGCUUUCGUCCUUGGACGAGAAGCAGCGUAUUGAUUCGGCCACACAACUGAUUGCAGCGCUCGUCAAGUUCCAGAACUCCAUGCCGCAGACCGACGAAAUGGCAACGAACGAGGAGGAGAUGGCCAAGCUGUGCGCCAGCGACGUAGCAUAUGCGAUUCCGCGUCUGAUCAAGGGCCUUGCCAGUCCACGCGACGGAGCACGCCAGGGCUUCUCGAUUGGGCUGUCCGAGCUGCUUGCGCGGAUCCCCUGCAUCUCGGUCAAGCUUGUGCUGAGCCUUCUGUGGCGGUUCACAGAGGCCACAAAUAGCAUGAAGGGGCAGGAGCAGCGGGACAUGCGCUUCGGGCGCAUCUUUGGUCUCAUGGCGCUGGUGCAAUCUGGGAUCAUCGAGCGCACGGGCACGACGGCGGUGGAUAUCCGGAAGAUCGUCAUGGAGCUGACCGCCAUUGGGUCGAGAAAGUCAUACCUGCGCGAGAUCUCCUACGUGACUUUGACCUCGAUGGUGCCGGUUCUGGGCAAGUUCGAGUUCAAGGACGAGCUUAUCACGAUGUUUGUCGCCGUGGCACUGGACAAGGGCACGAUUGAGACUCCCGACGAGCUCUACCUGGCGAUGCGCCUGCGGCGCGAAUACCCGGCGUACAACUGGUACACUGCGUUCCCGCACUGGCAGGGCAAGCACAUGCUGAGCUACAAGAACGUCGGCAAGUUGGCAGCGAUCCUUUGCGAGACCUCGACGGAUAACCCGGCGCUGUUCUCCACUUGGCACUCGCAGCUGCACACGGUAUGGACGGAGAUCUUUGACUUGUACUUUAACAAGGAGCGCGCGCAGGAGGUGGCGGACAUGGCGGUGAUGGACUUUGAGGUUGUCUGGGACCAUGUCGUGGAAAGGGGGCUGUUUGCUCCCGGAGCAUCCCAGUUCCGUCGGUACUGGGGCUUUUUGCUGCUCGAGCGCCUGAUGCCGCACCUGAGCGAGGAGAACGUGCCGGCAAUGAUGACGCCCAACAUUGUGCGCGGAUUGUCGGACAACAUUUCGCUGAGCGGCAAGUCACUGUUGGCCAAGGUUGGUUUGCGCACGGCUGAGAAGCUGAUUGAGAUCUGCGAGGGCAACACGGCGGUCGGACUGGCUGUGCUCACGCACCUGCUGAACCAGCGGACCACGAUCCAGUCGUCGGGCCCGAACACCAACAACCUGCGCUCAAUGAUGGCCAACCGCAUUGUGGCCAAGCUCGACAGCGAGGCGAUUGUCGGCUACGUCGACUACCUGCAGAAGGUCUUUGUAACUCCCAAGCUCGCGCGGAAAAACACCACCGGCGUUGCCGACCCCAUCAUGGUCACUAAUGUGUCGGACAAGUCGAUCGAGAAGCAGCGUGGGUGGGCGAUUGACCAGAUGAUCCGCGUGGCCAAGUACGGCCAGCUUCCGAUCACCGACGAGCUGACGACCAAUGUGCUGCACUUUAUCACGGCGCAGGCGGCACUCAAGACCAUCACGACCAUUGGGACGUCCGGCUGCGGCGUGGCCGAGUUGGAGGUCCGGCCGACGCCCCCGCUGUCCUCGGCGUCGCGCGAGUACUGCGCUGUCACCCUGAUUUCGUUUGUUGGCGACCUCAACCGCAUGAGCACGCACAAGAAGGACGACACCGCUGAUGCUGCCGCGGAUGCCGCUGCUGCUUCUGCUGGGCGCCUUUCCACUGGCUGCUCGCGCAACGGCACAGUCUGGUCGACGGCAGUCAUUGCCAAGCUGCUCGAUGGCGCAGCCAAUGCCAAGGUCGGCGUAAGCCUGCACGGGUUUGAGGAGAUCAAGCCUACGCUUGUCAAGAUGCUCCAGGUCAUGCGGUCGAUGGAGGCCAGGAGCGUGCAGUAUGCGAAAAAGUCAAUUGACACGGCGUUGCGGUUCCGCGCGCUCGAGCUGUUGCUCGGCAACAUCUGCAUGAUGGCGACGUUCACGGUGGACUCUGGUCUGCGCGCCGAGUACCUGGAGGUCAUCCCCGAGCUGCACGAGUGCUUUGAGAAGAUCAUUGUCCAGCUCGACCCAACCGGAAAGAAGGCCAAGAAGGCCAAGAAGGCAGCGGCGAUUGCUGCUGCUGCUGCUACCCCUGCUGCGGCGGCUGAGUUGUCAGAGGAUGACGAGCCCAAGCCAGUCGAGGUCCUGACGGACAUCCUCAUUAGUCUCCUGACCAAGGACUCGAACUCGCUGCGCAAGCUGUGCGAGCAGGUGUUUGCGCCCUUCACAGGGCUGAUGACUUCUGAUGCGCUGGACUCGAUCAUCGGCGUCCUGCAGGCGCGCGAGGGCGUUACAGGCGACGAUGACGGCAACGUUGAGACGCAGAUGGAGCUGAUCGACGGCGAGCAGGACAUUGACGCGAGCCAUUCGGGUUCGGACUCGGACUCUGAUGACGAGCUCGAGCAAGUCGAGGCGGUCGACGAGGAGCUGCGGCGCAAGAUUGAGGAGGCGCUGGGCAACGGGUCCGGCGACAUGGACCAGGCUGAGCGCAGCGCCAGCGGCGAAGAGGAGGAGUUCGACGACGAUCAGAUGAAGGUGUUCGACGACAAGCUUGCGGAGAUCUUCCACCACAAGAAGCAGCAGAAGCAGGACGCGCGCGACCUCAAGAUCUCAUUCGUCAACUUUAAGCUGCGCGUCUUGGACCUCGCCGACACAUUCAUGGCGCGGCAGCCGGAGAGCCCGCUGGUGCUGCGGCUGCUGCCGGCGCUGCUGGACCUUGCCAAGUCCACGCACAAGGACUCGCGGUCCAAGCCGGUGCACGACCGCGCAAUGAGCAUCCUGUCGGCGCGCCGCACCGGCGUUCCCAAGGGCUUUGAGCUCCAGACCGUGCUUGAUCUGCUAGCGUCCGUGCAUGAGCGCGCGCGCCGGGCGGCGGACAAGAGUGCACUCAAGAUGCUUAGCUCUGUCGCUGCGUAUCUUGCCCGCACCGUCCUGGACAACCACCCGGAGGCUGAGCCCCAGGUGUUUGACCUGUACCGGGCAUCGCUGACGGACUUUAUGACGCGCAAGGCGUCGCAGCUUUUUGCCGAUUUCUUUUCCGCUGCUUGUCUCCGGAUGCAGCCGGCGCAGUUGCAGCCAUUCUGGCGCAUUGCCAUUGCCUCGGUAGCUGAGUACGGGCGGCCGCUUAAGGCUGUCAAUGUUUUCCGACAGGUGCAGGCAUAUGCGCUGGCCGAGACCAUCCUGGCCGGCGUCCCGCGGCUGUCGGCGGAAGACGGUAAGCCGUUUGUUGCGCUGACAGCGCAGCUGCUGGGCGAGCUGCAGAAGGCGCUGCAGGAGACGUUUGCGUAUGCUGGGUCGGACCUGAACAAGCACGAGACCACCGGGAAGCUGAUUUUGGAUCAGCAGCGGAUGCGUGAGAUUAUGCAGUUCUCCGUCAAGCUGAUCACAAGGUGCGUCAAGUCCGAUGUUUUGAGGGAGGCUGUUGAUGGUGCGCUGGAGACUACGCCCGAGUGGACCAAGUCCCUUGGCUGCGUGGUGUGCUCGCCGAGCUUCAACUCGUCGCAGGCCGUCAAGCAGCUGUGCAGCACGCUGGCCAAUAUCCACAAGGUGGGCACGCCCAAGGCCAAGAAGGAGAAGGCCAAGGCUUCUGCCAUUGUUGAGUAAAGGCAAAGCCCAAUCGUGAACUGAGCCAAAAAAAGCCAUUCUAUUUUUCCUAUAAUUCUUUCUCUUUCUCUUUCAAUUUUCAACAUUAAAAUUUUUUGUUUACUUUUA